AUGAAAGAUCGUCUGUGUCGCCAUCUCAAGGCUACUUACAAGAAUUUAAUCCUCCCGCGAUUGCUCCGUUUUGGUCGCGAUUCCAGUAGAUAUGGCUCCGACGUUGAUGAAGAUGCGCCACCUAAAGUCAAUGAGCCAGUUGACCAGUGCGAAACCGUGGAUACUGAUUCAGACGACGACGACGAAGAAGAAGAAGAAAAAGAAGAAGAGAAAGAAAAAGAAGGUGAUGGCUCCCACCCACGUUGUGACUUCCAGACUAUUGAAGCCAUCCCUGAUAAGAAGUACCAUGAGCUCUUCAAGGCAUGCAACCUGUUCUCUUCCGCGGAUUGCGUAGCUGUAGUGCGUCGCGAGAAAGGUGCAUACAAUGCGGCAACUUUCGUCGAUGUUCUCGACGGUGGAAAAAUCCAUAAAUUCGUGGUCCGCGUGCCUGGUCACGGAACACUUGAACACUGGACAGAUGAAGAUGCAUACGUGUUAAAGUGCGAGGUCCAACUCAUUGAGUACAUUCGCAAGAACACUACCGCGCCCGUCGCACAUGUUAUCGACUAUGCUACUGGCCAUGAAAAUGCGCUUGGAUUCCCUCACAUUGUGAUGACGAUGCUGCCCGGUAAGCCUGCUUACACGCUCUGGUUUCCGGAAGGAUACCCUUUUGUAGGGGACGACGAUGUCUUCCGUGUUGCGGACGUCCCCCCUCCCUACAUCGAGAAAAGGCGUGUUGCAUUUCUACGCUCGUUAGCGAAGGUGAUGACACGUAUUCAAAGCCUUGAGUUUGAUGGCAUUGGAGUGCCUGCCUUUGAUAACGAUGGGAAACUUACUGGCACUGGCCCUACAUGUCAUUUUAAGGGCGCGUCCGAUGUUUCAUUCACACGUCAACCAGCGGCGACUACUCAGGAGUAUCUCCAGGCUCGCAUGAAAUCCAAGGUGAAACAUUUGGAUGAGCAGCACGAGCUCGGUGAUUUGGAUGGCCUCCUUAAAAACCUUGGUAUUCGAACCAUCCUCAACCUGGUCUUUGCUCAACCUGCUUUCCAUGGACAGGUCGGCGAAACUUUUACUAUCCAUCAUAACGACCUUGAUCUGCAAAACAUUCUUGUCGAUGAAGAAGGCAAUGUAACCGGCAUCAUCGAUUGGGACAAUGCCAUGUCUGCACCACGCUGCGUCGGUGCUUCAGCCGUUCCAAAGUUCCUGCGCAACGAUUGGUUCCCAGAGUGGGAAUCCAGCCUGGAGGUCUCACCAUAUAUGGCAUGGAACUACCAUCACUACCGUGAGAUCUAUGCAGCGGCUUUGGUUGAGGCCGGCAACAUCGAGGAUGCCAAAUACACAACUAAAUCUGCCCUCUAUCAAGCCGCUAUCGCUACAUGCACCGAAGGUGUGAACGACUACGACUUCAUACCGAAAUUACUCCACGAAAUUCCCCAUUGUCGCGUCGAUGCCGGUGACUUCUUAAAAGGUCUGGGCAUGGGUGGUUGGCAUUCAGCAAUUCGCAUGCUCGAGACACACUUCGCAAAGAUAUUCGAACCAGAGCUGCCUCCCGAAGGUCUACUUGAGGCGCUAGACGUCGAGCUCGAGAUGCAGACCACUUGGUGGUCAUGUUGUGAUGAGCUUCUUAAUCUUUACGAGGAUGAAAAGACUGAUGACGCCUCUCAAUCAUCACACAUCAACUAUUGA